CACUCGUAGCUCCGUGAGUAUUUAUUACAAUGACUUUUUGUUUACGUUUAACUUAUCCACAUUUCCAGCUCAAAUUAAUUGUGAGAAUGACAAUGCCGAGAUUGGGCCUUCUCCUGCGUCGAGUCUUCCUUCCCUUGGGUUUGUUUUUAGUUUUCGUUCAGGUGACGAAGAUGGACGCUUUUACAAACAUCCUCUGGCCGUCCAACGUGAAUCGCAGUGAGUCGUCGAGUGGUGUCAACAGCACCCCCAUCAUUGAUCACCAGCAGCGACAGCAACCUCCUUGCUUCAAAUAUUUAUCCGCUGGUCCAAUCCGUUUGGUGAUCAACACGACCCUACCGACGGAUGAAGAGUUGAACGAGUUGUUUCCACACAUCCAGAUGGGCGGGCACUGGCAUCCGGAACACUGUCAUCCACGACAACGCCUCGGGAUCUUUGUCCCCAUGAAAAGACGUUGGCAUCAACUGCCGAUUUUCUUGAGGCAUCUCCACCAAGUCUUAGUCUCCCAAUGGCGUCAUUACACAAUUUUCGUCGUCGAACAAGCAGACGGGGAUCUUUUCAACCGCGGGAAAUUACUCAACGCAGGUGUCAUCGAAGCCUUAAGAAUCCAUCCCGAUUUGGAUUGCUUCAUCUUGCACGACGUCGACACGCUACCCGAGACCAAUUUCGCCGUUUACAAGUGCCACGAAGACCGCCGAUUCGCCCUUCAAAUGGCCACCUAUCAGAGCAAAAGGGAUUACCUUUCAGCUUACAAAGGCUACGCUGGAGGAGUCCUGGCCGUCCGCCGAUCCCAAUUCGAGGAUGUCAACGGUUUCAGCAACGAAUUCUGGGGCUGGGGCGGCGAGGACGACGAUUUCGGCAACCGACUCCGCAACAAAAGCUACCGAGUGUAUCCCGAAUUGUCACGUGGUGGCUAUUUCUACAGUCUCCAUCAUCCGCCAGAGCCGCCAAAUCCUCUGCGAGACGACAUCAUUCGAAAGCACAAGAGCAGCCAUCUCCACGGCGAAGGGCUAGACAGCGUUAAGUACGUCGUUUUGAAAUCGGAGCGGCGACGGCUCUAUACCUUCUUGUCCGUUUCUAUUAUCUUACAAGGGCCAACCCGAGAUCAACUGGCCGCCGUCGGCUCCUCCUCGCGUCAAGAAGAAAGAAAAAAGAAGCGAGACCUUGAGCUACCAACGGGAGAAACCGCGUCGUAAUGUUGUCUGCUCCUGUUUACAUACGUCUAAGUUUAUGACCGAAUGAUACAGCAGGUGUAUAAUAAACCAAAAUUUGCUUCGAUAUUAAAGUUGAACGAAAGUUAAAUAGUUAGCGCUGGAUAAAAGUCGAUCUCAUUAAUUACACGGCGGGACGACAUGUUGCUGGGCAGAUCUACCGGUGUGGAAUGAAGUGAUUCUUAUUUGAAAAUAUACUAUGAAACGGUCAAA